AUGUCGAGGCGCAAGCAGUCCAAGCCGCAGCACAUCAACUCUGACGAGCCCGGCGCCGAGCCCACGGGGAUUCUUCGUGAUGAUCAAGGUGAGGACACUGAGAACGACGUGAAGAGAUUAAGGAUGGAUGAAACCAGAGUCUGUAACAAGUGCUGUGCAGAAUACUUUGAUGAAGCAGAGUUUGCUGAGCAUGAAAAGAAUUGCACAAAAAAUCAGCAAGUGGUCAUCAUGAAGGAGGGAGAUGGUAAUGAGGUGCCUGAAGAGUAUUCACAAGGGUCUCCUGAAGGCCUUAACAGUGAUCAUGAUGAUAGCCAGUCCAGCAGUCAUUCCAAUACAGAUCAACACGAAAGAACAGAAGAGGAGUCCAGCAUGAAUGCAGAGGACUCGGGUCAUCAUGAUCACAGAGAGAUGUCUGCUAGUCCUGAGAUGAUUUACCUGCCUUCACCCAAAAUGCAAGAUUCAAAUGUCACUCUUGAAUCCAUGCCUAACACUAAAAUGGCUGUCUCUCGGCAUCCUUCAAAUGCACCUCAGACAUCACCACAGGAUGUCCUCCAGGCCAUCCCCAUCAUCCUGGAACAGCUUGUGUGCCUUCAACAACAGCAGCUACAGCAAAUUCAGCUCACAGAGCAGAUUAGAAUUCAGGUAGCAAUGAUGACCCCACAAGGUCUGCAGUCAACAGUAGGGGGUGCAGUGGACCCCCUGAAAGCCCUCGGUGCACAUCUCUCUCAACAGCUGUCUGCUGCAGCAGCUCUGAUAGGCAAAAGAACUGGUAGUCAGAGCCUCUCUAUGGAGACAAUAAAGCAAGGUAAAAUACAUUUGCCUACUGGUAUUCCUACCUCUCUCAGUGCAGGACUGGGACCAAUGUCUACUAAAACAGACAUACUGAAGGGUGUUCCAGAUCUGGCUGGUCGUUUGCCAGCAUUACUGUCACAGUCUCCAGGUGUCAUGGGUUUCCCUAGCACCUUCAAUGGCAUCCAAGCAGGGAUUGAGUCGUCUAAAAAGUUAAAGGCAAAGAUGCUGACCCUCCCACCAGAACCAAAGCACGGGGACUCGUUGUACAAGCACAAGUGUAAAUACUGUGGAAAGACCUUUGGCAAUGACAGUGCCCUUCAAAUCCAUUUGCGUUCUCACACUGGAGAGAGGCCUUUCAAGUGCAACAUCUGUGGAAACCGCUUCACAACCAAAGGAAACCUCAAAGUUCAUUUUCAGAGGCAUAAAGACAAGUAUCCUAACAUCAGCAUGAAUCCUCAUCCUGUGCCAGAGCAUCUUGAUAAUAUUCCCACCAGCAGUGGCAUUCCCUUUGGUAUGUCUGUUCCUAUUGAUGAGUCUAAUAUGACUGAAAGUAAGCCUAUCCUUGGUCCUCAAGCAGCUGGGUUCAACCCACAGUCUAUACAAGGAUUCAAACCACCUUUUGAUAGCAUUGGGAGCGAUCAGUUUUCUCAAAGACCCUCUCCAUCAACAAGUGAUGGCUCCCCAUCCGUUUCCUCUAUGUUUGGCCAAGAUUUGGGGCUGGAUCCAAAUCCAAAAGAUCCUAAAGAACUGCUUGGUGCACUGCAUCACAUAAAUGGAAGUACCCUUCCUGGAGAACCAAGCUCUGGAACAGCAAAGCUUCAGCAAAUGGUGGAUGGCCUGGAGAAGAGGACCAAUGAUCCCAAUGAGUGUGUCAUUUGCCACAGGGUGCUCAGUUGCCAGAGCUCACUCAAAAUGCAUUACCGUACACACACAGGAGAGAGGCCAUAUAAGUGCAAAAUCUGUGGUCGUGCUUUCUCCACAAAGGGUAACCUCAAGGCUCACUAUGGAGUGCACAGAGCCAACACUCCUCUUAAAAUGCAACAUUCAUGUCCUAUCUGCCAGAAGAAGUUUACAAAUGCUGUUGUUUUGCAGCAGCACAUUCGUAUGCAUAUGGGAGGGCAGAUUCCCAACACACCGAUGCCAGAAAAUCAGUUUGAGGCAGCAGAAACAAUGGAGCCCCCUCUACCAGCAGAGAAGCCUAUUGAUAACAUUAGAUUUGAAUCAUGCGUGGAGGAGCGUGAGCCAGAGUUGAACUCCCAGAAGACAAAUGACUCUUCAAGUUCCCUCCCAUCCACUUCGGAGGAGCAGCCACAAAAGCAUCCAGCCCCUACUACUUUUUCCAGCCUAGAUGUUCUGAAGAACCUUACUUCUGCUCUUGUGCUGAAACGACAGAGUAGCACUGCUUCAGAGAGCGACGCAACAUCCAAAGAGUCACCUCUGGCUCAGAGAGAACAGGAAUACCAGAAUGGUCGCAGUCCUGCUGUUUCUGACUCAGCCAUGUCCUUUCACUCAUCUUCCCCAGUAAACAUUUGUAUCAAGUCCCCCGAGUCAGCUGUUGAUGAAUUUGCCCAUAGUCUGUCAAAACAAGAGUCUGAUGUUGUACAAGAUGGCAGCGAGUCAAGUGGAGCUCUUGACCUCACAGCUUCUAGCAGCUUUAUUCCCAGAGUGGUUAAAGAAGAACCCAGCAUACCAUUCACAAAUGGAGACUACACAGGUCCUAGCAACACACCAUUCAUGAAAAUUCCUCCAAGUCUGGGCAGUCUGGAGGUGAAGAUUACUACUGAAAAUCCUUUGGGCCCUCACGGGUUGUUCAGCUCUCAGAUGCCUCAGGGAACGGCCUUACCCUCCUCCAUCUCCACUGCACCACGCCGGUCGACCAAACAGCAUACAUGUAAUGCCUGUGGCAAGAACUUCUCCUCUGCCAGCGCCUUGCAGAUCCAUGAGCGCACUCAUACAGGUGAGAAGCCUUUUGCCUGCAACAUCUGUGGCAGGGCUUUCACCACAAAGGGAAAUUUAAAAGUGCAUAUUGGCACUCACAUGUGGAACAACACGUCACGCCGUGGCCAGCGUCUUUCUCUGGAUAAUCCCAUGGCUUUGAUGGCAAUGAGCUCUGAUGCCAAGAUGCUGCCAGAAAUUAUGCCUGCGCCCAAAGAGCUUAGCACACCACCAAUUAACUUUGAUCCAUCCUUGUGGAACCAGUAUGCUGCUGCUUUCAGUGGUGGCCUGACCAUGAAGACCAAUGAAAUUUCUGUUAUUCAGGGAGGUGGCAUCCCGCUCCCUGGAAGCCCUGCUAGUGGGCCACUUAUUGGAUCCACUGGAGGCCUGCUGAAGAUUGAUGGGUCCCAGUCUGGCUUGCCUGCUACAAUGGCUGAAAUUGAGAAAAGUAGCUCUGAUAGCGUGCCAAAGCCACAGUUCCCACAUUUCAUGGAGGAGGGUAAAAUAGCAGUAAAUUAAGAUUUUUUUUUUUUACUAUUAGGCAUUUUUCCUUAAAUUUGUGAAUGUCAACAUAUUUUGAAUGAGGUACAAUCGAUAUUCAGAAAGAACCUUGAAGAAUUCCAU